AGACUCUCACAGCAGAACUAGUAGAAUAACAUUCAAGGCAUUUUGCGUCGAACCUCCAAGACGAAAGUAAGGUCUUCCUCCGUCUAUAGAUUUCAGAUUGAAGGACUGAAUAUAACUCUUGAGUUGGUUUGAGCGUUCGAGGCUUCGAAAGGCACUGUAAAGUUGCUGAAAAGAGUAGUAAUAACUGCUUCCGUGCUUGAUCGAGGACAUCCAUAAUGGCGGACCCUAAACCUCCUCCUUAUCAACCACCUCAAGCCGGUUAUCCGCCUCCAGGGCCACCAGCGUAUCCACAGCAGCCGGGCUACCCUCCACCUCAAGCCUAUCCACCACCUGGGGUAGGGUAUGGGCCACCACCGCAAGGCUACGGGCCGCCUCCAGCUCCGUCCGGUCAGGCCACUCACACUACCACAAUCAUACAGCAGCCGCAAACUGUGGUUGUGGGGAACGCGAUGUAUGGCGAAGCGCCCGUGUCGAUGGUUUGCCCCUACUGCACUGCAACCAUUGUCACUUCCGUACAGUAUACGCCCGGUACACUGGCUUGGCUGGCGUGUGGAGGGCUGAUCCUUGUCGGCUGUUGGAUUGGUUGUUGUUUGAUUCCGUUCUGUAUCGACGGCAUGCAAGAUGCCGUUCAUUCCUGCCCGCAUUGCCGAAGGCAGCUCGGAGUUUACCGCCGAAUGUAAACCGAAGAUAGAUAGAGAAAGGAAAAAAAGAAGUAGGGAAGGAAAGGUUUUGGAACAAUUACUUAACUGUAAUUUUUUGUAAUUGAUUUUUUUGUCUUCUGUUGAUGUAGAUCGCAUCAAAAAAAAUACAUAAUAGUGAUAGAGAAGCUUAAAAGACUUAAUUUCCGUUUCACGGUCCACGGCCCAAUUUCUCUUACUUUGAUCGUAGGUAGCGCGGCCGUCUUGAUGUUUGUUGAAGAGUAAUAGUCAUCUCCUAAACUGUGUUUCGUUUUCCUAAUAUCGAAUCUGAUAACGGUACUAACUACGUAUAGCGAAAUGCUUUUUACUGAAAUUCACAAUUAAUGGGUUGGCUGAUGAAAGAGAGGAAACCGAAAGCUUGUGAUGAGAUCAGUGAAAAGAAAAUGUAGCCAUUAUGGCUUUAAGCCUUACUCGGCCGCUUGUGUAUCCAAAAUAUUUUGUAUCGCUAAAAUAUUUAAAUGAUCAGAUAGAGUGUUAACCAGAAGGCGAAGUAAAAAAUAAUAAAAACUGUUAUGAUUACAACUAAUGCAUGGCACAAUGCUGUCGAAUGAAACUUGCCAAUCCAGAUUUAAAACGGAAUUUCAGGUAUUUUCCAUCAGCUUUGGAACAUGAAAGAACAUGACGAUGGCUUUGUCUCCAGAAGAGGAAGAAGCCAUAAAAACUGAUUGAAAGUGAAAAGCAUCCACAUUUUAAAGUGCAAUUGUUGGAAAUUUAAUCAAUAAAAUGUUUUUAAAAUUUA